UGGAUUCUAUUAGCUCUAGAACAGGGCGUUAACUGCAUACACGAGCAAAGGGACAACUCUCUUCGCCGGCCGUCUGAUGUGAGCCGGCAACUUUGCGCCGUAGUUUGCACACGCCGCUCUACACCCAUGAUGCUGCUAAUCUACAUGUUUCCUGUAGAUGGGGCAGAGCUGACAUGGCCAGCUUAGAAUCUCACUUCUCGCCAGCCUCUUUUUCAGCUCAGGCGAUCUUGCCAUCUGAUGGCAAGGGGAAAAAGGAGCUGAUGAAGAGAUACAUGCGUAUAUUAUUACCCGGGCUUGUGCCACGUUGCUACGGACUCGAGUAAAGCAGGGGAAAAUCAAACUUGAUCGCAAAGAUGGCUUCCUUAGCACGAGCUCUCGCUGCUGUAUCUCUGGCCGCAUCAAUUGGAUCGGCCGACGCUUACACGGCGAGCAACUGCAAGAACCUGCCCGGUGACGCAGGCUGGCCCAGUGCUUCUGCCUGGUCCAAGCUAAAUGCGACGCUCAAAGGCCAGCUAAUCGCCACCGUGCCUCAAGCACAUGUGUGCCACACACUACCCAGCAACAGCUUCAAUGCAAAUGCAUGUGACGAGCUGCAGUCGACUUGGACCCAGGCAGAAACCUACGUUCCGAAGCCUGCCGAGAUCCUCAAUGCCUAUUUCCAAAACCAGUCCUGCGACCCCUUCACUCCAAUCAGCAGGUCCUGCGAACUUGGAAACUAUGCCUCCUACUCUAUCAACGUGACGACUGCUCAGCACGUCGCUGCCGGCUUCGACUUUGCGCGCCAAAACAAUGUCCGCCUGGUGGUCAAGACGACCGGCCAUGACUUCAUGGGCAAGUCCACCGGCAAGGGCGCCCUCUCUCUGUGGAUGGCCAACCUCAAGGAGAAGACCAUCAUCCGCUCGUACUCCAACCCCAACUCGACAUACAAGGGACCUGCCAUCAAACUCGGUUCAGGCGUGAUUGCCGGCGAGGCUGAUGAGUUCGUCGGCGCAAAUGGCUACCGUGUCGUCACGGGCGAGUGCGCCAGCACCGGCCCUGUCGGAGGAUACACUCAGGGUGGCGGUCACUCGCUGCUCGGCGGUGCCUACGGCAUGGCAGCCGACAACGUUCUCGAGUGGGAGGUCGUUACGCCUCAGGGUGAUCAUGUUAUUGCAACUCCAUCGAGCAAUUCCGACCUGUACUGGGCCAUCAGUGGCGGCGGUGGCGGCACCUAUGGUGUUGUCCUGAGCAUGACAACCAAGAUCUACCCUGACGGAAAGGUCGCGACUGGUUCUCUGUCGUUUACCUUGGCCGGAUCUGGGUCGGCUGGCAAUGAUGAGACAGCUUUUUGGCAGGGUGUGAAUCUCUGGUUCCAGUCUGUUCCCGGAUUUUUGGGUCUCAAACAAGGCACCGUUGGCUCAGAGAACGCGACGAUGCUUAGCCAAAUCACCAACAGCUCGUUUGACCUCCUGGGCAUCACUUUCCCCGACCAGACCGUUACACAGCUCCAAAACACCUUGGCACCGUACCUUGACGGCCUCAAGGCCCUCGACAUCAACUACACGUUUUCUACGACACAACAGCCGUCUUAUGUCCAGUCCUUCAACCAAACCAGAGGCUUGGGUCCUCUUCCAUGGGGAGUCAUCCCCACGACCGAGGUGUGGGCUAGCCGCCUCGUCCCUGUGUCCUUCGUGGAGAACACCACGGCCGUCGCCAGCCUCGUGGAUGUUUACCGUUCUGCCGUCCAGGACAACGCUUUCUCCGUCGGCUGCAACGUGCUGGGAGGCUUUAACGCGCCUGCUCACCCCGACAACUCCGUCUUCCCCGGCUGGCGUGACCUCGCCGUCAUUUGCAACGUUUUGCACCAGUGGGACUUUACGGCGCCUCUCGACACGAACCUUAGCUUCAAGCGCCGGCUCGUCUCGGACGUCCAGCCGGCUGUCGAGGCUGUCACUCCCGGCACUGGUGUCUACCUGAACGAGAUGGAUCCCUGGUACGAGGGCGACUGGAAGACGGAGAUGUACGGUGUCAACUACGAUAAGCUGCUCAGCAUCAAGCACAAGUACGACCCCGACUCUUUGCUGUGGGGUCUCUUUGCCGUUGGCGGUGAUGAGUCUACCUUGGACGCAAAUGGAAGACUCUGCCGAGUCUGAGCAAUACAUGUAGCCAAGGGGUAACAUUUGCGAAAGCAACUGCUAAUUGCGUAUGGCAUUUGUUUGGAGGAAUUGCAAACAAAGAGAUGCGCUCUUGGUUAGGCCAUGUCACUUUUUCUCUGAAUUGUCAAACUCUCCUAGACUACUCGGUGAGUUGGCUAGUAAGCGGUGUUACCAAGGCCUCUGCCCGUAUAUAUUAGACAGAUAGAAAC